AUUUCGUCUAAUAAUUUUUUAAACAGCGCGUCUCCGCAAAGCAACAUCGGUCAUCAUCAUGGCGACAUCGCUUGCAGCUGCUUUACCGAAGCCGAAAUAUUCGGGAGAAGAUGAAGAUAUCCCAGCGCACGCCCAGCAACGCGGUCCUCGAAUUGUAGGAGCUGGUCAAAUAGAUGAAUCACAAAUUGUUCUACGAAGAACAGGUCCACCUCCAUAUGGCCAACGAACAGGAUGGCGACCUCGAGGCCAAGAGGACUUUGGCGAUGGCGGUGCUUUCCCAGAAAUUCCCGUCGCGCAAUAUCCAUUAUCCAUGGGUAAAGAACCGGGUACAAGCAAUGCUCUAGCGAUCCAAGUCGAUGCCGCGGGUAAAGUCAAGUACGAUGCUAUCGCGAGACAAGGACAUGGCGAGGGCAGGGUAGUUCAUUCGUCAUUUAAAGAUCUGAUUCCCCUCCGACAGCGUGCCGAUGCGGGCGAAAUCAAUCUGGAGAGGCCUAGCGAGCAAGAGGUGGCAGAGACGAAAGAUCGAACAGCGAAAGCUCUGGCUUCGCUCGUGAGCGGAGCCGUGGCAGCCCAGAAGCCGAAGAAUGUUAACGUUGGUAAUCGAAAAGACCCAACAUUUGUACGUUACACACCGGCGAACCAGAUGGGAGACAACUCGAAAAAACAGGAUCGCAUCAUGAAGAUUGUGGAGAGGCAAAAGGAUCCCAUGGAACCGCCGAAGUUCAAGCACAAGAAGAUCCCACGAGGACCUCCUAGCCCGCCGCCUCCUGUGAUGCACUCACCACCACGCAAGUUGACCGCCGAAGACCAAGAGAUGUGGAAGAUCCCGCCCCCAGUAUCAAAUUGGAAGAACCCGAAGGGUUUCACAGUUCCUCUAGACAAGCGACUAGCAGCAGACGGAAGAGGGUUACAAGAUAUUACGAUCAACGACAAGUUUGCACAGUUCUCAGAAGCCCUCUUUAUGGCGGAUCGACAUGCUCGUGAGGAAGUUAGGCAACGAGCUCUUAUGCAGCAGAGGCUUGCAGAAAAAGAGAAGUCACAAAAAGAAGAAAAUCUCCGCAUGCUUGCGCAAAAGGCCCGGGAAGAGCGUGGUGGUGCUUCAAAGCGUCGCGAUUCGAGAUCAUCGCGUGACUCUCGUUCGCGUUCGCGUAGCUACAGCUAUUCGGAGUCUGGUUCGGAUAGUGAUGGUUCGGAAGUUCGCGAAAGGGAACGAGCGCGCCAAGAGAGGCGUCGAGAGGAAGAGCGCAAACUUCGCCAAUCACGUAUGGGUGCAGAAAGACGAAUCCAGGUCAUGGCACGGGAGCAGAACCGUGAUAUCUCAGAGAAGGUCGCCCUUGGCUUGGCAAAACCUACGACACAGGCCGAGUCCAUGUAUGACUCACGUCUAUUUAACCAGACAAGCGGUUUCGACAGUGGUUUUAACGAAGAUAACCCUUAUGACAAACCCCUAUUCGCAGCCCAAGAUGCUAUCAGCAGUAUAUAUCGCCCCAGCCAGAAUAUGGAUGAGUACGAGGACGAAGGAGCUGGAGAUCGGGAGAUGGCCAAGAUCCAAAAGACUAGUCGGUUUGGCGAGGUCUUGGGUAAGGGCACUUUCAAGGGAGCAGGCGAUGCUGAGGCGCGGGAAGGACCGGUUCAGUUCGAGAAGGACACCGGCACUAAUGAUCCAUUUCAGAUGGAUAAGUUUAUGGCCGAAGUGGAUCAAAGCUCUUCGUCAAAGAGAGGUUAUGGGUUACAGGAAGGAGAGUCAAGGCAACCGAAACGUGCUCGAGUGGAUGAGGACGACGAUUGAAUGACACAACCGUCUAGGUCCUUCUCGUUAUGUUGACUUAUGGGAAUCUGUAUAUACAAACACCGGAAGGGUUUUUAAUUACCCUUCGAUGAAAUAAGGAAUUAAUGAAGUCCUCGGGAUGCU